UUUUAUCUUCUCUUCUUCAGCCCGCUCCACUGUCCCAUGUCCCUUCUCUCUUCUUCUAAUUUCGGUCGUCGGAGAACUUCUUAUCCGCCGCCGGAGCCAAUGAAGCUCAAAAUUGGGUCAACUCAUGGAGAGAAAGUGCUCCAAGCUUUACAGUCGAGAAAGAUAUCACGUAGUCACCAACUGUGCUGGAGAUGAAAGCCGGCAACAACGUUGCCGGAGGAAGCUGAAGAACCCCGCCAUGAUGCCGCCCAAACUUCCCUCUUCGCCAUCUCCGGUUUUACAUUCCCUUUAUUUGCUCGAUCGGAAGAAGAAUAGAAAUGACGGCAGUUUGGGGCGGAAUAAGAAAGAAGGGAGAAGAAUUGAAGGUCUGGAUGGAUGCAUCGGGAAGAAGUCGGGAGAACGAAAGUACGUAGAGGGAGAAGGGAAGAGGUGGGCCAGAAGAAAGAGACGGAAAAGAAAAGAAAAAAAGGUGACAACUCUGGGAGUACGUAUAUCGUACACUCGGGUGUACGGGUGAGAACCGUACAUCCGGACUUCUUUUUAAAUUUCUUAAGCUUCAGGGCCUGUUUGUUAAUGGCUACAAUGGCUGAAAAGACUGAAAAGACUGAAAUGGCU